AUGGUUCUCAAAGGUUAUGGGAGUUAUAACAAAGGGACGAAGCAACCAAAUAAACCAUCUCCAGUAUCCAACAUAGGUAGGAUAGGUAGUUUAAAUCGAUAUCCUGACAAAGAGUACGCGAAUUCUUUAUUACACGAUGUGGCAAAAUUAGUGGCACCAAUAAUUCAUGAGAAUAAUUUCAAGGUUGGUACUUUAUGUGAGAUGUUUCCCAAUGAUCCAAACCUAUUAGGAUUGAAUGUGAAUCGAGGUCAAAAGAUCUUACUUCGGUUGAGAUAUCAUUCAAAUGAUAGAUCGUUUUAUCCAAUGAGUGAUAUCGUUGGAACAUUCUUACAUGAAUUAACACAUAAUUUAUAUGGAGCUCAUGAUCAAAAGUUUUAUGAUUUCUUGGAUAAGUUAAAGAAGAGAUUUGAAGAAAUUCAAUAUGGUGGUGGAGCGAAUAUGAACUAUAGAUGCGAAGAAGAGAGGUUGGGAUCAAAGUAUGAUGCAUUUUCGAAUGCUGCAACGAUUAGAGACAAGAGACUUAAGGAGUUAAGUAAACCCAAGUAUAAAGCAGAAGUAAGAGUCUUGGGUCUGGGUUCAUCGUUGGGACCAGGAAAGGCACGUCCGACGAAUACCGGUCCAAUAGACCCUGUACAAAAACAAAGGCAACUUCGUCUUCUAAUGCUUGAGGCUGCCGAGCGACGUCAAAGGGAUUCCAAAUGGUGCCAUAGUGAGGCUGUUGGGAAGGAAGAAGUACCAGACGAUGCGGAUCUCGAUAUAAUUGAAAUUGGUGAUGAUGAUGAUGAUGGUGACAACGGAAGUGCAAGGAAAGUACAAAAAGUACAAAAUGACUCAAAUAAGACAAAUGUAAAGGAAGUAGUCGAUUUAACUAAAGACGAAGAGAAUGACAAUAAACUUGUAGAUAAUGAAAUAGUAGUUAUAGAUGGAUAG